CUAUCACCUGGAUUCUGAAAAUCUUCUUGAUUAAGUUUAUCAAAUACUUAUGACAUAAAGUAUUGUUUUGAAAGCUCAAUGGUCUUGUUUAGUUAAUCGUUUGUAUUUAUCUAGAAUUAGUGAUUUGUGGCCAUGGAUUUGGUUCUUUCAAUUCUUCACAAUGGUGGUAGUGCACCAACAUCAAACAAGUUACCAUCCAACAAAGCUGUUUUGGUACUUGGUGAUAAUGAAACUGGCAAGACUUCUCUGAUUGCCAAAAUUCAAGGAAAUGAUGACCCUAAGAAAGGUUCAGGAUUAGAAUAUCAUCAUUUAUUGGUUCGUGAUGAGUAUCGAGAUGAACAAACCAGACUAAGUGUGUGGGUUCUUGACGGUGAUCUUUAUCACACAAACCUGCUACGAUUCCCUGUGAAUGAAGAAAAUUUUCCUCAUACUACAUUAGUAUUGGUUGCAUCCAUGUCUGAACCAUGGAAUAUUCUUGAUUCUCUUGAAAAAUGGGCCAAUGUGUUUGAAGGGCACAUCGAAAGAUUGAACAUGAAACCUGAAAAACUUGCUGAAUAUAAGCGAUCAAUUGUGAGAAGAUAUUUGGAAUACAUUUCUCCCGGUGACGAAAUUGAAGGAUUAGUAUCUGCACCUAAGUCUCGAAGUGAAUCGAUAAAUGAAAAAAUGGACCAAUCAACACUGAGUGCAAGUGGAUUAGGAGAAGAAAUUCUUGGUGAUAAUGUUCUGACUAAUAACUUAGGCCUUGAUGUUAUAGUUGUUAUAACCAAGACAGAUUACAUGUCUGUUUUAGAGAAAGAGUAUGACUAUAAAGAGGAACAUUUUGAUUUUAUUCAGCAAGCUGUUCGUAAAUUCUGUCUCACAUAUGGUGCAUCAUUAUUUUAUGUUUCUGCUAAAAUCAACAAAAAUUGUGAUUUACUCUACAAAUAUCUUGUUCAUCGAAUUUAUGGCCUACCCUUUAAAACUCCAGCCUUGGUUGUUGAAAAAGAUGCUGUUUUUAUUCCAUCAGGAUGGGACAAUGAGAAAAAAAUAGCCAUACUCUACGAAAAUAUUCAAUCAUGUAUGCCAGAUGAUAAUUACAAUGAUGUCAUUAUAAAACCAGAAACUCGACAGACACUCCAAAAAGAUAUUGAAUUAACUGCUGAAGAUGACCAAUCGUUUUUACUAAAAAUGCAAGCUCAGCUUACGCAAAAUGUACCAACUGCAAUAACAUCGACACCACCAUCCCUUAGAACACCAAUGAUGCCUAAGCCAGGAGAAAGAAGAAUGGCUGGAGCAUCACCUCUACCCGGAGUUCAGCUUGAUGGAUCUAAGAUUAGUCCAGGAGGAGAGGGAGUUUUGCAAAGUUUCUUCAACAGUUUACUGAAUCGACGAUCUGGAACAGGAAUGACAAACUCUCCAUCAAGCCUCACAGCGAGUCCACAAACGCCCAUGACUCCUACACUGUCGGAAAAACAACCUAAACCAGAGUAAUCACUAAUCGAAAAGAUAACAGUUUUCACAUUAUCUAUUUAUAAAUAUCGAAUCUAUUUAAAUAUAAUGAUAUUGAAUGAAUUGUGCAAAAGCAAAUUUUAAUCAUUAAUUUUUAUUAGCACUUAACACCGAAAAGUGAUCUAGUAAAAUGAUAUUCAUACAAAAAAUAAACAAAAAUUGUGGUAAAUCGAA